UGACCUUGUUGACGCGCAUGCGCAAGUAGCAGCCGGCGAGUGUCCGGCCAGGGAGCUAUGUGACCUCGUGGUCCCGCUUAUCGCACAUCGUGACCUCGCACUGAGCUAGAAAACGCAAGUAUUUCAGUUUGAGUGCAGGUAAAGGGGGAGUAAUAACGAGGACAGCUUGUCUCCCGUGCGUGCUGUCAGGUGGUGUCUGCCUGUCCUCCGUGUCAGCGAGUCUUUCUGUAGACCUCACGUGUAUUCAUCUGCCGGCCAUCAGUGUGUGGCCAGCGGUCAGUCGCCCCAUGAGUGCAGCAGAUCGACCAUCAGUGUGGGGAUCCAGAGCAGGACACGAGAGUCGCCAUGCCGCCCAUCACCAAGUGCCCCACGCACGUGCCGCCGCUAGAGGAAGUGGCCCAAGUGUUACAGAGCGGCCUAGAGAAGAACUUUGAGUCAGUGCUGGUCAGUGUAGUGGACUGUCCGGACCUCACACAAAAGCCCUUCAACCUGUCUGCCAAAGGUCUUUGUGGUAGUCCUCGUCUUGCUGACGUCGGGGGUCCUCCAUACCUCCUCCCACUUCCCCAGAAAGACAAGCUUUACAACCAAGCGGAGAUUGCCCGACAGGUGGAGCUGCCAGGCGCCUUCAUACUGGGAGCGGGGGCGGGCCCGUGGCAGGUGGUGGGUGUCAACUCAGAGCUGGCAUGUACCGUACAGGUGGCAGCGGAGGGCAACGAGCCCAUCAGCAUCAACUCACACGUCACCAAGGUGAACCCUCAGAAUAACCUGUGGGUGCUGGAGAAGCUGAACUCCACUGACUUCAACCUGAUGGGCAACUUCCUGUGCUGCGAGGGCAAGCCAGGCAAGGUGAUCGAAAUCAAAGCCAGGAAGCGAACAGGAGAUGAAAACUUCAUGUCCGCGACUCGCCAGGCGCUACAGCAGCAGUACGGCCCACAACCCGUGGCCCUGGGCGGUGUCUUUGUCAUCGAGAAGGGCAAGGCCAACCUCCACGUCAUGCCGGACUUUCCAUGCGCACCGCUGAGCUCUGACGAGGAGGUGGACGAGUGGCUGAAGUUUUACGAGAUGAACGCGCCGCUUGUGUGUGUCGGGGAACUGGUGUCACAUGACCCGGGCCUUGACCUGCGUGUGGAGCAUUUCCACUGCUUUAGCGAGCACGGCGAAGGGGGACACUACCACUACGACACAACUCCAGAGGAGGUUUCUUAUCUCGCCUACUUCAACAUCGCCGACAGCAUCUACCGAGUCGACCAACCGCCAGUCAGCUGGGACGACAUCAAGAAACAAAAAUGAAACUAACAAAAAAUAGAGAUGUCGAUAUUCUGAAAAUACAGUAACAAGACAACAUGCAGAAAAAAUAAUGCAAAACGUCAUGUCGACAUGCAGUGGGAUGAUGGGUAGGUGUGCUGUCCAGUCACACCCGGUAUAACUCCUUAGUAACUUGCUGCAUAUCUCUGUGAGAUCAAUAAACAAUUAUUAUAACUAA